CUCCUAGGCAAAUGGCAAGCAUAUAAGCGCACGACGAAUGCCUCCCAUUUUGUCUUCCUUUCCGACUGUGCCUCAUCUCCUCCCAUCACACACUUGCAUUCACGCUAGCUGCGCCUCAUCUUAAAUCUACCAUGGCUCCAGUUGUAGUGACCGGUGCCAACAAAGGCCUCGGCUUGGAGAUCAUCGUGCGUUUGCUGCGCACUGAUGCAUCGAAGACAAUCCUGCUAGGUACCCGUUCACUGUCCAACGGAAAAGCAGCCAUCAGCAGACUACAAGAACGUGGACUGGACACGACCAACGUCAGGAUCCUAGAACUUGAUGUCAGUAAGAUGGACUCUGUUCAAGCUGCUGCGGAGACGGUCAAGAAAGGGUACGGAGGUCAAUUGGAUUGCGUCUACAAUAAUGCCGGUGUCGUAUCGACGACUGAGUACGAGGAGGCGAAGCAACUCAUGCAGGUCAACUACUACGGAGUCAAGAGGAUGAUGGAGGUGUUCGAUCCCUUGAUUGUACGUGGUGGCCACGAUGUCAUCGUGUCAUCCGGGAUGGGUGCUUGGGCCACGUACCACUCUCCACUACCCCUCCAGAACCUCCUAACCGAACCUAGCAAGACUACGCCAGCUCAGCUUGAUGAUUUGGCAGAGCGAUAUCUUGAGAGUCUGAACACCCACAACCCAUCUGCGCCCGAGCUUCAGAAGGAAUUCCCGAUCUCAGAGGGAAUGAUCGGACCGUAUGCAGUCAGUAAAGCGUUCCUGAACGCCUACGUUCGAAAUAUAGCCCCCAGUCGAUUGGAAAAGCAAGGCAUCAUUCUGUCCGUAGCGUGUCCGGGAUUCUGCGCUACCGACCUCAACAGCAACUCGGGACCCAGGAAAGCAUCGACGGGAGCGAGAUCUAUCGUCUUGGCAUCCCAGAUAAGCUCAGAGCAGGCGGGAGGUUUCUUCAGAGAUGGCAAACCCGCCAACUUCAUCGAGCGGACUGCCACCUUCGAAGAGAUGGCAGAAGACGCGCGCACAGUUGAGCAGGGGCUGAGGGAGGCAGGUGAGAUCAUGGACUAAGCUGUGAAGUAGCCACUCAUUUCAAGCUGAGCCAAGGGAAGGGAGGGGCUGCUUGACAGGAUCGGGGCAGCGUUUUCCGAAGCUGCCACAAUGUGACGCGUCACAAUCUCACCCGCACUGCCUGUCAUGAUUUGG